GGUCGAGCUGUGCAGUUUCAGUGGGUACAAGAUUUACCCCGGACAUGGCAGGCGCUACGCCAGGACUGACGGGAAGGUUUUCCAGUUUCUUAACGCAAAAUGCGAAUCCGCAUUCCUUUCCAAGAGGAAUCCUCGGCAGAUAAACUGGACUGUCCUCUACAGGAGAAAGCACAAAAAGGGACAGUCGGAAGAAAUUCAAAAGAAAAGAACCCGCCGUGCAGUCAAAUUCCAGAGGGCCAUCACUGGUGCAUCUCUUGCUGAUAUAAUGGCCAAGAGGAACCAGAAACCUGAAGUUAGGAAGGCUCAACGAGAACAGGCCAUCAGGGCUGCCAAGGAAGCAAAAAAGGCUAAGCAAGCAUCUAAAAAGACAGCAAUGGCUGCUGCUAAGGCUCCCACGAAGGCAGCACCUAAGCAAAAGAUUGUGAAGCCUGUGAAGGUUUCUGCACCCCGAGUUGGUGGAAAACGCUAAAUUGGUGGAUCAGAUUUUUA